AUGGAAUUGCCCCAAAGGAUCCAGGCGGCUGCCAGGAAAGAAAACAUACCCCCGGCUUUAAGUUGCUAUGGGGCCCCAAAAGAGGAAAGAAGGAUCCAGAAGAACAUCAACGUUCAUCUGCUCCUGUCCUCUGGAAGCCAUCUUGGAGAGCUCUGGACCCAGACAGGUUCCAGCAUCCAUAGGUCAAAUCAUCUUGGAGAAAAUGUCGGAAGAGAUUUACGAGUCCCGUCGGGAAGGAAAGAGACCAGUGGCCUGUUUCAGACCAAUCUCUUUUGCCCUCCUGUAGGUCUCGCCAAAAGCUCCUUGGUCCAACAGCAAACCAACCUUGAGUUCAACCUGCAGAGCAGAAGAUGGGCAGGUGGGACGUUAAAAAGGACCCCUCUGAGGGGCUUCCCAGAGAGACCCCGCAACAUUCCCAGGAAUUCAUCCAGAAUGAAAAAUAGAGAAGGGGAGGACAACAUGAAAGGACAACAUGAGCUCUUCACUGGGUCAAGAAGAAGCUAUGAGGACCUCAAGGCCAGGAGAGAGUGCUCCUCACCUGGCCAGUUUUCACCGGAUCCAUCUCUUCAUUCCUCACCCAAUGGUUGUCCUCUUCCGAUGACCUUCAGUGGGAUCAGUGACUCCUCACCUCCAGGACCGGCCCUUACUUUGGACAGUCUGGUUGAUGGUCAUUCUUCUCCCGAGGAACCUCAGACUCCCAUAAGGUCUUCUCAAAACUCUGCUGAUCGGUGCUGGUCCCUCCAGGGGCUUAAGAAGGAAAGGCCUUCCUUCUCUUGGGAAUCCCGGUCACCUUCUUGGGUUCCUCAACCAGCACACGAGCCACAGAUCUCAACCUUGGCUGUGCGAAAGGUCCGGUCUUCAGUGGAAGGCAGCUUCUCUGGACAAGUGAGAAGUAAAUGGGGGACAAUGCUUAGUUCCACCUUGUUGACAUGUCAAGAAGAUGACUCCAGUUGUCUCAGGAGCAGCUCAGGAACACCACCGUCUACAAACAAAAAGGCUACCUUGAAUGAGUCGAGGGACCAGGGCUACCUGAAGACACUUGACCUAGAAGAACAUCGUUCUGGAACCUUCUGUGGCUCUGAGUUGUAUCUCAAGAAGCUUCUGCCGGAUGUCUUCUUCCUCAAGAAUUUGGAGAGUUCCCUCAAGAUGUGUGUAGAGUCUUCUCCGAACAGAAGGUUGUCCGUGGAGGACACCCAUGAAGAGAAGCCACCAACUCUUGAUCCUUCUGGAGUCCCAGAGGUCCUGUUCAGUCACCCCUUGGAGAAGAACACUGGGGACUUUGUCGCCCAAGAAGUUGGAGAUAAGCAUGGAGAAGCUGGUGGAGUUCCCACCAUCACCUCCACUGUUGAUGAGGCCAGUCUGUUCACUGCCCUUCAGAAGGUCUGUCUCUUUGAGGAAACCAUCUGGAAGGGUCCCAGAAAAAGAUCCCAGCUGGUCAACAUCCCUGUCUGGCCAUGGCGCCAUCAGAAAGACGGGGUUCCCUUCCAAGGACAUUUUGUCCCGCAGGAAACUAAGAAAUUGGGCGAUAUUUUCAAAAGAUGGCGUUCCCUCUGGGAGAAAAGGCAGCAGAUCUGUCUGCUGAUAUUUCGAAUCCAGACCAGGCUGACCGGACGGUGA